AACAUCCAGAAUUUCUCCUGCAGGUGGACCAUCCGCAACUUCAGUUUCAUUCUGGAAGAAAUGAAGGACAGUAUUAGAAGCCCAACAUUCUCAACAGGAGACAAUAACAAAUGAUGUUUGACAGUUCAACCUAAGGGGGUCGAUGAAGAAAGCUCAGAUUACCUGUCAGUUAACAUAGAGUUGCUCAGCUCUCCAAAGAGUCCCUUUAAGGCAGAGAUCAAAUUUUGGAUCAUAAACGCCGAAGGUGAAAACAAACCUGUGACUAUCCCGAAAUACUUUAGUUUCUGUCCAGGGUACCAAAGGGGUUACAAAUUGUUCAUCCUUCGAAAUUUUCUCUUGGACCAUUCUCAUGGCCUUCUCCCUGAAGACCACUUCACCCUCUACUGCAUGGGCACCCUGGUUCCAUACUUCUACAUUAUCCCUGAUGACAGCGCAGAGCCGAGAAUCCAGGUUCCCAAAUGCAUAUUAGGAGAUGAUCUAGGAGAGCUGUGGAAGAAUUCCCAAUUCACAGACUGCUGCCUGGUGGUAGCUGGCCAGGAAUUCCAUGCUCACAAGGCCGUCUUAGCUGCUAGCUCUCCAGUUUUCAGAGCCAUGUUUGAACAUGACAUGGAGGAGAACAGAACGAAUCGCAUUAAAAUUCAUGACCUAAAACCAGAAGUCUUCAAGGCAAUGAUGGACUUCAUUUACACCGGGAAGGAACCAGUCCUCCACAGCAUUGCAAAUGCUGUGCUGGCAGCUGCUGACAAGUAUGGCCUGGAGCGUUUGAAGGUCAUGUGUGAGAGUGCCCUCUGCAGGAACCUCUCUGUGGAGAAUGCUGCCCACACUCUCUUCCUGGCUGACCUCCACAGCACAGAGCAGCUGAAAACACAGGUGCUGAAUUUUAUUUCAGCUCAUGCUUCCGAGGUCUCUCAGACCGCAAGCUGGAAGUUAAUGGUGGAUUCACGCCCCCACUUGGUGGCUGAAACAUACAGAUCCCUGGCUUCUGCUCAAUGCAAUCUAUUGGAACCCCUCUCAAACGUCUGAAGCGAUCCCAGUAACCUGUCACCAGUACCCUAUAUGUGUAUCCCUGGAGCAGUGGUCAGUGUUGAUACCGAUGGCUCCUGGGUAGACUAUGGGGUACAUGGAGCAAUUACAGCAACUCCGGGGAAAGACAUCACGGUUUAGUAGUGCUUUCAUACAUUUAUUAAUGCCUUUAAUAUUGUAGUGGUGUAUUAUUUGUAUUUUGAAAAAUAAAUCUUGCCUGAAGACCAGAAGUAAAGCUAAAGCCACUG